AUCGAUAAUUCAUCGCUCGGCCUCAAUCGACUUGCUCCUGCUCCCCUCGCCAUCCUGGACUACCGCGGAGUGCAGAGCUGCCCGUAAGAUGCUCUGAACUUUGACCCUUGUCGUUCAGCUCUCGACCUCUGUGCAGUCCUUAGUCUUCUUCCCGACAGCCACACCAUGAACACCUCCCCAGGCACGGUGGGCAGUGACCCGGUCAUCUUGGCCACUGCGGGCUAUGACCACACUGUGCGGUUCUGGCAGGCCCACAGUGGAAUCUGCACUCGCACUGUGCAGCACCAGGACUCCCAGGUGAAUGCGUUGGAGAUCACGCCAGACCGCAGCAUGAUUGCUGCUGCAGGUUACCAGCACAUCCGCAUGUAUGAUCUCAAUUCCAACAAUCCCAACCCCAUCAUCAGCUAUGAUGGUGUCAACAAGAACAUUGCAUCUGUGGGCUUCCAUGAGGAUGGCCGCUGGAUGUACACUGGCGGGGAGGACUGCACGGCCAGGAUCUGGGACCUCAGGUCCCGAAACCUGCAGUGUCAGCGCAUCUUCCAGGUGAAUGCGCCCAUUAACUGUGUGUGCCUGCACCCCAACCAGGCAGAGCUCAUCGUGGGUGACCAGAGCGGAGCCAUCCACAUCUGGGACUUGAAAACAGACCACAAUGAGCAGCUGAUCCCCGAGCCCGAAGUCUCCAUCACGUCCACCCACAUUGACCCCGAUGCCAGCUACAUGGCGGCCGUCAACAGCACUGGAAACUGCUAUGUCUGGAAUCUGACGGGGGGCAUUGGUGACGAGGUGACCCAGCUCAUCCCCAAGACCAAGAUCCCUGCCCAUACACGCUACGCCCUGCAGUGCCGCUUCAGCCCCGAUUCCACGCUCCUGGCCACCUGCUCGGCUGACCAGACAUGCAAGAUCUGGAGAACGUCCAACUUCUCCCUGAUGACCGAGCUCAGCAUCAAGAGCAGCAACCCUGGAGAGUCGUCCCGUGGCUGGAUGUGGGGCUGUGCCUUCUCCGGGGACUCCCAGUACAUCGUCACUGCUUCCUCGGACAACCUGGCCCGACUCUGGUGUGUGGAGACAGGGGAGAUCAAGAGAGAGUACGGCGGCCACCAGAAAGCCGUCGUCUGCUUGGCCUUCAACGACAGCGUGCUGGGCUAGCCUGUGGCCCUUGGGAGUGUAGGCCUCGGGAGUGCAGCGUGGUGCAGGUGGCACCAGCUGCAUGUAUCUGUACACUACCCAGGUCAGAGUAAUGCUUCAUGGGCUAGCCUCUGCCGGCCUAGGCUAGCUGAACCUGGCUGGGCUACUCUGGACUCCUGGGCCCCUUUGGCCAGCCUAGAAUUGCCAAGCCAGUUGGUCUUGGGGCCCCUCAGCCCCCAGCUGCUUAUCUGGACAUGACUGGGCACAGGAGGCUGGCCUGAGCCAGGCUGCAGGUGACAGGCUGGGCUAGACUGUGCACCCUUCAGAAGGCUUGGAUGCCCAGGGUCUGGAGCUUCAGAGGGCAUCUGAGGCUGGUGCCCACCCCAGGCCAGUGGUCUUCUCUCUCCCCCUCCUUGCCCCGUUCAGUUCUCAGGCCAUAGAGAACACCACCACGGCCAGGUGGAAGGGUUUAUUAGUCCCAGCCGGCAGCUGUUCUCCACGCUGCUGGUGACCAAGCCGGCCCGCUGGACUGGGGACAGGGGUUGGGCUGGGCCAGGCCGGGGCUCAAUCUGGGAGGUAAUAAAAGCAGACUGAUACGCAGAUGUUGCUUGGAAAGCAGA